GCGGAGUCGCGGAGUAGUCUGCGUUUGGGAUCAGCCCGAGCCGGUCUUCCUCUCUCAUCCUCCAGCUGAUCCGUCCCUAGGCUCCAGUGAUUUCCCGGUCUAGCGUGGUCGCCAGCGUCCAGAAACCACGUGGAGAUGUGCCCCACUUCCAGCAACUCGACGGCGUGUCUCGUCCUGGAGGACGGCACCAAAUUCCACGGCCACGCGUUUGGAGCCAGGUGUGAUGAAGUAUGCGCCGAAGUCGUCUUCCAAACGGGUAUGGUGGGUUAUCCUCAAUCGCUUACUGAUCCAUCAUAUCAUGCUCAAAUUUUAGUGUUGACGUAUCCUCUCAUUGGCAACUAUGGAGUACCAGCAGAGACCAAAGAUAAACAUGGUAUUCCUCUGUAUUUUGAAUCGCAUCAAAUUUGGGCUGCAGGUCUCAUUGUUGGAGAAAUUUGUGAGGAACCAAGUCACUGGAAUCACAAUCAAACUUUAUCGCAGUGGUUGGUUUCAAAUAAUAUCCCUGCAAUUGCUGGCAUUGACACUCGUGCUCUCACCAAGUACAUCCGAACAAAGGGACCGAUUGUUGGGCGAAUAGUUCAUGGCUCAGGAGAUAUUUCUCGAGGUCUGUUUCAGGAUCCUAAUAAAAGGAAUCUUGUUUCAGAAGUUUCGCUGAAGUUACCUAUCACAUAUAAUCCUGAGGGCCGUCUUCAAAUUUGUGUCGUAGACUGUGGAUUGAAAUAUAAUCAGUUGCGCUGCUUAUUAUCAAGGAAUGUCAGAGUUGAUGUAGUGCCAUGGAAUCAUCCUAUUCAUCCGGACAGUUAUGAUGGACUCUUUCUAAGUAAUGGGCCAGGGGACCCUUGCAUGAGCCAUGAGACAAUUAAUAAUUUGAAAAAUGUCUUGAGUCUAUCCUCAUCGGACAGCAAGAGAGUGAAACCAAUUUUCGGAAUCUGUUUAGGACAUCAGCUACUAGCAUCUGCCGUUGGCUGUAAAACAUACAAAUUGAAGUAUGGUAACCGUGGUCAAAAUCAACCAUGUGUGUUAGAAGGUACGGAAAGGUGCUUCAUGACUUCUCAAAAUCAUGGGUUUGCAGUUGAUAGUUCCAGUUUGCCUUCUGGUUGGAAACCUCUGUUCACAAAUAAAAACGAUAACACAAAUGAAGGGAUUGUUCAUGAUAAUAUGCCGUACUUUAGUGUCCAGUUUCAUCCGGAACACUGUCCUGGGCCACAAGAUCUGGAAUGUCUUUUUGAUGUAUUUUUAGAUUUGGUUGAUUCAUACAAAAACAAUCGAAAUGUUACCAAAGGUGCCUCCAUUAAAGAUCAUUUAAUGAAAAAAUUACUUCCUGAGAAACCUGUCGCCAAACCAUCUUGCACGCCAAAAAAAGUAUUGUUACUGGGUUCAGGAGGUUUAUCAAUCGGUCAAGCCGGAGAGUUUGAUUAUUCAGGAUCUCAAGCAAUCAAGGCUCUAAGAGAACAACAAAUUCAAACAGUUCUGAUCAACCCAAACAUUGCCACCGUUCAAACCUCUAAAGGCUUAGCAGACAAAGUCUACUUACUUCCAAUUGAUCCGUUUUAUGUGGAACAAGUCAUAAAAUGUGAAAGACCUGAUGGAGUAUUGCUCACAUUUGGAGGACAGACGGCUUUGAAUUGUGGGAUUGAGCUGGAAAAAUCCCAAGUGUUUAGCAAGUAUAAUGUCACAGUAUUGGGGACUCCCAUCACCUCAAUAAUUGAAACAGAGGAUCGAAAACUGUUUGUUGACAAGAUAAAUGAAAUUGGAGAAAAAGUAGCUCCAAGUGCUGUUGUUUAUAACAUGCAAGAGGCAUUAGAAGCUGCAGAAGUUUUAGGAUAUCCUGUAAUGGCGCGAGCUGCAUUUGCAUUGGGUGGUCUUGGAUCAGGGUUUGCUCACACGCCUGAAGAGUUACGCAAGCUGGCUCAACAAGCAUUUGCCCAUUCAAACCAACUGAUUAUUGACAAGUCUUUAAAAGGAUGGAAAGAAAUAGAAUAUGAAGUUGUCAGAGAUAUAAAUGAUAAUUGCAUCACGGUUUGUAACAUGGAAAAUGUGGAUCCUCUGGGAAUUCACACCGGAGAAUCAAUUGUUGUAGCUCCGAGUCAGACUCUUUCAAAUGCUGAGUAUAAUAAACUUAGGACGACAGCAAUCAAAGUAAUCCGUCAUUUUGGAGUGGUGGGAGAAUGUAAUAUUCAGUAUGCUCUGAAUCCAAAAUCUGGAGAAUAUUAUAUCAUUGAAGUCAAUGCUCGAUUGUCUCGUAGCUCCGCUCUCGCCAGUAAAGCCACAGGGUACCCAUUAGCUUAUGUUGCUGCUAAAUUGGCUAUAGGUCGCUCUUUACCUGAUAUUAAAAAUUCUGUAACUGGUCAGACAACAGCUUGUUUUGAACCUAGCCUUGAUUACUGUGUUGUCAAAAUGCCACGUUGGGACCUCAGUAAAUUCAGCCGAGUGAGCACAAAAAUUGGAAGCUCCAUGAAGAGUGUUGGAGAAGUAAUGUCUGUGGGUCGCUGUUUUGAAGAGGCAUUUCAAAAAGCUUUUCGAAUGGUCGAUGAAAACGUUUCAGGAUUCGACCCAUAUUUGAAAGCCGUAUCUGAUGAAGAGCUGGAACAACCAACUGACAAACGAAUCUUCGUUCUAGCUGCAGCAAUCAAAGCUAACUACUCCAUUCAACGUCUUUAUGAUCUUACAAAAAUUGACAAGUGGUUUUUAUACAAAAUGGUCAAUAUCAUAAAUAUGUACACGCUGUUGGAAAGCCUGUCAACUAAAGCUCUACCAGUAGAGGUAUUGUUAAAAGCAAAGAAGUUGGGAUUUUCUGACACACAAAUUGCUGGUUGUAUCAAAAGCACAGAAUUAGCUGUUCGAAAACUACGUGAAGAAAAUGAAAUCAUUCCAUUUGUCAAACAAAUUGAUACUGUUGCAGCAGAGUGGCCUGCCACUACGAAUUAUCUGUAUUUGACCUAUAAUGCAGAGAGCCAUGAUAUAGAAUUUGAAGGUGGGCUCAUUAUGGUCCUGGGAUCUGGUGUGUAUCGGAUCGGAAGUUCUGUAGAGUUUGACUGGUGUGCAGUGAGCUGCCUGAAAGAGCUUCGUCGUCUUGGCAAAAAAACAAUCAUGGUCAAUUAUAAUCCAGAGACCGUCAGCACUGAUUAUGAUAUGUGCGAUCGGUUGUAUUUUGAAGAAAUCUCUUUUGAAGUAGUCAUGGAUAUUUACAAUCUUGAAAAUCCGGAGGGAAUGAUUUUGAGCAUGGGAGGCCAGCUGCCAAACAACAUAGCAAUGGACUUGCACCGUCAGCAGGCAAGGAUUCUUGGCACCUCUCCAGAAUCCAUCGAUGGAGCAGAAAAUCGAUUCAAAUUUUCCAGGAUGCUUGACAGAAUUGGAGUGUCUCAGCCCCGGUGGAAAGAAUUAACAAACUUACAGUCUGCAAUUGAAUUUUGUGAGGAAGUUGGCUAUCCAUGUUUAGUGAGGCCAUCUUACGUCCUAAGUGGUGCCGCAAUGAGUGUAACACACAAUGCUCAAGAUCUGGAGAAUUACCUCGCUACAGCGAGUGAAGUAAACAAAGAGCACCCUGUCGUUAUCUCAAAGUUUAUCACUGAAGCCAAAGAAAUCGAUGUCGACGCAGUUGCAUUUGAUGGAGUUAUUUUGUGCAUGGCUGUCUCAGAGCAUGUUGAAAAUGCUGGUGUCCAUUCUGGUGAUGCAACAUUAGUCACUCCCCCUCAAGACAUCAACGCUGAAACCCUAAAAAAAAUUAAAGCGAUAUCUUGUGCCAUUGCCAGUUCGCUAGAAGUCACAGGACCAUUCAAUAUGCAACUAAUAGCCAAGAAUAAUGAGUUAAAAGUUAUUGAAUGCAAUGUACGAGUCUCAAGGUCUUUUCCUUUUGUCUCUAAAACUCUUAACCAUGACUUUGUGGCUAUGGCCACACAGGUCAUCAUUGGUGAAAAAGUAGAUCCUGUAGAUAUAUUAGCAGGGUGCGGUAAAGUUGGAGUGAAAGUUGCGCAGUUUUCCUUCUCUAGGCUUGCAGGAGCGGACGUUAUGCUUGGAGUUGAAAUGGCCUCGACUGGUGAAGUUGCAUGCUUUGGAGAUAACCGUUAUGAAGCUUACCUAAAAGCUAUGAUGAGCACUGGUUUCCAAUGGCCAGAAAAAGCCAUUCUUCUCUCUAUUGGUAGUUUCAAGCAUAAAAUGGAGUUGUUACCUAGUAUUCGCUCUCUCCAGAAGAUGGGCUACAAAUUAUAUGCAAGUAUGGGGACAGCAGAUUUUUAUACAGAACAUGGUGUUGACGUACAGCCUGUCCACUGGAAUUUUGAAAACAUUGGAGAACAUGCAACUAGCGGUGAUCUGAAUCAUCUCGCUAACUUUUUAUUGAACAAAAGUUUUGAUCUUGUUAUCAAUUUACCAAUGAGAAACGGAGGUGCACGACGAGCUUCAUCCUUCAUGACCCAUGGGUACAGGACAAGGAGGCUUGCUGUAGAGCAUUCAGUACCAUUAGUGACAGAUGUGAAAUGUGCAAAAUUACUUGUAGAGGCAAUGUUAAAGACUGGAGGUGCGCCAAAUAUGAAAACACAUACUGAUUGCAUUUCGUCUCAUAACAUAGUGAAACUACCGGGUUUCAUUGAUGUCCACGUUCAUGUCCGAGAUCCAGGAGCAACUCACAAAGAAGACUUUGCCUCUGGGACUGCAGCAGCAUUAGCAGGCGGGGUGACGCUGAUAUGCGCCAUGCCCAACACUAAUCCAUCCAUCGUGAAUGCCUCCUCGUUCACAGUCGCUAAAAAAGCAGCUCAAGCCAGAGCCCGUUGUGAUUAUGCUUUGUUUAUUGGAGCCUCAGCUGAUAAUUAUUCCGCCAUACCCGAACUUGCCCCUGCAGCUGCCGGAUUGAAAAUGUAUCUGAACGAAACAUUCAGCACUCUGACAUUGCCUGAUAUUUCAGUCUGGGGCAAACAUUUCGAAAACUGGCCCAGAACUUUUCCUCUUUGUGUUCACGCGGAGCGCCAGACCACAGCUGCUGUUCUCCUCCUCGCUUCACUACACAAUCGUCCUGUUCAUGUCUGCCAUGUUGCACGGAAAGAAGAAGUAGAAAUUAUUCGUGCAGCCAAAAAGAAAGGUAUUCAAGUCACAUGUGAAGUCGCUCCGCAUCAUUUAUUCUUGACAAAAGAUGAUUUGGCAACUAUCGGGGAGGGUAGAGGCCAAGUAAGACCGAUGCUGUCUGCAGAAGAAGACCGAGAAGCACUGUGGGAGAAUAUUGACAUAAUUGACUGUUUUGCCACCGACCAUGCCCCUCAUACGGUGGAGGAAAAGAAUAGUGAGAAACCUCCUCCAGGCUUUCCUGGUCUUGAGACAAUGUUGCCUCUUUUACUCACUGCUGUCUCUGAGGGUCGUCUAACGCUUGAGGAUCUUGUAGACAAGUUGUAUCACAAUCCUCGUCGGAUUUUCAAUCUUCCAGAACAGCCAAACACAUAUAUAGAAGUAGAUUUAGAUGCUGAAUGGGUAAUACCUGAGGCAAUGCCAUUUACAAAAUCCAAAUGGACACCUUUUGCUGGGCAGAAAGUCAAAGGCUGUGUCCACAGAGUGACACUUCGUGGGGAAGUUGCUUAUGUGGAAGGACAGGUUUUAGUUCCUCCAGGCUAUGGCCAAGAUGUUCGUGAAUGGAAACAGCCUCAACUGGCACAAAAAAUUAUCAUGCCAGUACUUCCCGCAUCCAGUAUAGCCAGUAUAACCACUGAUGAUGCCAUUUUAGUCCCAGAAAUUUCAAUACAGCAGUCAGAAACUCGAGUUCACGAAUUCUACAACAAGGUAAUCAAUGAAAUUGGUGCCAAAGUGGAGCAGGAGUUGCAAAACCGUAGCACGUCACCUACUCCAUUCCAAAAUCUAUUAAAAGUAAAAUGCCCAAGUAUACAAGAUCAGCCCUCUGGACCUACAGCUACCCAUUUGUUGACGCCCACACCAAUUUCAUCAUCGCACUCGCUGACAAACCGACAUAUCCUGAGUGUGGAUAUGUUCUCGAAAGACCAGCUCAAUGAUCUGUUCAACCUUGCUCAAACAUUUAGAGUUUUUGUUCUGAAAGAAAGACCCUUAGACCAUGUGUUGAAGGGUAAAGUAAUGGCAUCUAUCUUUUUCGAAGUCAGCACCAGAACAAGCUGUAGCUUCUCAGCAGCAAUGCAGCGUCUAGGAGGCUCAGUCAUCCACAUGGAUGAAUCUAGCUCAUCUGCCAAGAAAGGCGAAACCUUAGAGGAUGCAAUUACUGUUAUGGCAGGUUAUUCUGAUGUGCUGGUCCUGCGGCAUCCAGAACCAGGCGCUGUUUCAAAAGCAGCUCAUCAUUGUAGGAAACCUUUAAUUAAUGCUGGUGAUGGAAUCGGUGAACACCCAACGCAAGCUCUGCUCGACGUUUUCACUAUUAGGGAAGAAAUAGGCACCGUCAAUGGUUUAACAAUAACUAUGGUUGGUGAUCUGAAAAAUGGUAGAACCGUACAUUCUUUAUCUAGGUUGCUAGCACUGUACAAUGUUCGAUUGCGUUAUGUCAGUCCACCUGGGCUUGGUAUGCCGGAGCAUGUUCGUAACUUUGUGGCCUCUAAAAACAUAUCACAGGAAGAUUUCACCUCUUUGGAGCAAGCAGUACCUGACACAGACGUUUUGUAUGUCACAAGGAUUCAAAAGGAACGGUUUUCAUCUCAAGAAGACUAUGAUUGUGCAAGUGGGCUGUUUGUCGUUACUCCUCAGCUCAUGACUCUAGCCAAGAAAAGAAUGGUGGUGUUGCAUCCACUACCUCGUGUGUUUGAAAUUAGCCAAGAAUUAGAUUCAGAUCCCAGAGCUGCAUACUUCAGACAAGCAGAAUGUGGGAUGUACGUAAGGAUGGCACUACUAGCAAUGGUCCUUGGGAAAUGUUAACAUUUCCCACACUUUUCAAUGUCAAUAAUUUCAUCUCAUUGUGUUGUCUGAGAAAAUCAUAUUUUUUUU